CUGCUGGGUUUUGAAUCUAAAGACGCUAAAGAACUACUAGCAAACGGCUGAAGAGGCCACUAAUUUUAACUUAUAAAAAUCAAUGCAACAUACUCGCGACCUAGGGUCUCGCCCAAAUUUCAGGCUCAGGAUAUAAUUUCGAAGCAACUUAAGGUUUUGUGAUAGAAAGAUACCGCUAUUGCAGUGCUCGAAUUUAUUGUUGCUGUACUUUGCCCCCGCAUGUGCUCAUAAAUGAAUAUGUUACCUCUUUUCAAUAGCUAACUUUUGUCUGUUGUUCUCGUAGUUAUUUGCUCUUCAGUUCAUUAUUGCACUCUUCGUCCAUUUGUGUGAGUAGUACUGUUGUACUGUUUUUGUUUUAGACAAUAUUACUUUCUGCUUUUUCAUUUCGGAUGCGUACUACUAACAUAUUGAUUAUUCUCUUUGCCUCCAAUCCCACUUUCACAACCCAAUUAAUUAGUACGCAGUUGUGCAUAUAUGGUAUAUCGUAUGUGUGCAUGUGUAAGUACGGAAAAAUUCCGCUGCCGGUUCUGCCAUUGACGCCAUCCACGCUUCAUUCAUCUUCACGCAUUUUAUGAUUUUUUCGUAAUAUUUACGCCGAUGACUAAACUCAUUUUAUUUUGUAAAAGGCGAAACCUCGCCUUUCUGCUCUUUGCUCUCAUUUAUCGGGAACAUCAGUUUCGCCAUCAGUUCAAUUUGCUCGAUUUUUUGCCGCAGUUGUGAAAAACUUUUUAAGUGUGUCUAUGUUUUUGUCCGCCUUUUGGGGUCAACGUCAUCUGGAGGGUUGUUUCCGUCAUGUUUCGCUCUCUGCGCUAUGGAAAUGGUUGCAGUCUGUUUGUGUGACGCUGAAGGUUUCGCUUCGCGUUGCGCAGUUCGGCCCUUUAGAUUUGAUAUUGUAUGUUUUCGGUGAAAGAGCCAACGUCUGCAUUCGAAACGUGUUUAUGAAAAUGUUUACGUCUGUGUUGGUUUGUAAGCGUGUAGGUAUGGUGUUCAUUCCAUUUGCUGGCUGUCUGUCCGCAUUCUUUCCUCGUGUUUCCACACAUUUUAUGUGCUUUUUAUUAUAUGGUCUGUUUUUUUUCAUUUUUAAUUUACUUAACAUUACUUCGUUGGAUUUCGGUUAACUGUUCUAGAUUUUCACAACGUCAAGCCGUUUCUCUUGUUUUUGCAUAAAGGCAUACAUAUGUGCUUGUUUAUGUAUUCCUAUUAUUACAUGUACAUUUAUUUAUUUAUGAAUGUGUGUUUUUCGCGGUUACCUUUUCCGGCCUUAAUUUAAAGUCUAAACCCGGGCGUACACAUAUUUAUAUCAUCAUUUAGAUAAUUAUUAGAUAAAUAGGCAAUUUUUUCAAUCUCUAAUAUUAAAAGCCUCUCUUAUGUAGUUCUCUACCAUGGCUAGUACCCAGUUUGAGAAUUACACGAGUUACCUAAUGUAAAAAUCGAAACAGUCUAAUAUUUGAUAUUGUAUUGGUUAGCGUUUUGACAUAACUUUCUGAUCUAUUUAUGUAAAUGUAAAACUUGAAUGUGCAUAUGUCCAUAAGUAUGUGUGUAUGUAUUGUACUGAUGUAUGUAUGUAUGUUAAUGCAUAUGCAUCGUCCUAUUACUCUCAGUAGUAAGCAUCCUUUCUGUACUCUUCACACAAAACCACGCACUCACACAGAGAUUCGAGUACAGUACCUGCCAUCCACAUACUUAUGUACACACAUGAAGGCAUCGUUAACCACAAUUUAGAUAGCUAGCAAUGCCAAAAUACUCGUACAACCUGUAUCUGUACGAACACUGCUUUUUCUGGGGUAGGUCAGUGUCGGCUGUAGAUUGAGCCUGAGAAAGUAGCGUUGUGACAAUGUCACAAAGGCUUCCCAAACGCAAGGAUAUGUGUAUGUGUAUACAAACAAUAGCAUAGUAUAUAUACAUAUAUUGAUACAGAAAAAUGUGAAAUAUAUUCCUUUACAUAUGUAUGUAUGUACGAAAGUAGAGUAAAAAAAUGGUCUAAGUAAAGUAAGCGACAUCAAAACAUUCAUUACUAUUACAUUAGUUAGUGUUAGGUUAGGUUGGGAGAUCGAUCCUAAAAAAUAGGUUGUGGUACCUAAAAACUCCUAUAAGCUUUUGAUCCAGCUCCUUACAUAUCGACAAAGCGCUUUGAGUCCAUUAACAAAUUUGUUGCGACGGCUAAUAUCCGUUUCGGAUAUGGCUAAGUCCACCGCCGAAUGUAUGAUUACCAAGAUGUGUCAGUCUCAGCUUUGCAAAAGCCGCACAGUGGAGGAGAAAGUGCCUGACAGUGUCCAGUGAGAACUCCUACAAUAGUGGCGAGAUGAACAUUGCUCAAGGCAAGAAGUUCGCGUUUUGCGGUUACAUUUGAGAAAAUUUAAAACAUUUGGGACGCCCGCGCAACAAUAUAGCUUUUACAUUUCACCUAUAUCACCACUUUUUAUUAAAUGGAGCACAAUUUAUGACACACAAAGCCUAACUCCGCGAUGGCCAAAUGGCACCACCGAGACCAUAGGUAAAACGCUUAGUGAACUUGGUGCACAAAAAUUCGACUUUCUUGCGGAAUAUACACUGAUAUACACUGAUAUAUACUUACAUACUUGUAUAUAAUGUAUGUAAUAGAAACAACAGCACAGCCAACUGUAUUAUUAUUAAACGGACAGACGGACAACGUCGAACAUUGGUAGUUGGCAGUUGGCAGUGACAGUAGCCAAAUAAUAUAUACAUACAUACGCAUGUGCAUAUGAACGUGAUGCCACACCGGGAAAAAGUCAUAAACACAGUAAAUACGUACAACUUGAAGUAACUCUACAGUAAAGGUUUAAACUAGUUAGUAAAGAUACCAAACUAUAAGUAGAAAUUCCAGGCUGCAAUCUUAUUGGAUAGAAAAACAUUAGACACAUACCUUAUAGAACCAUUUUCGAACAGUUAUUUGAUUUAGCCAGUGGUGUGCUCCAAUAUCUAAAAACUUUUUAUUUAUUUUUUAUUAUGGAAUUUUCAAAAUUCUUUUUCUUACUUUUGUAUUACAUGUUGCGAUAAUGCGUCGGUGACUGCGGUGACAAUGGAUAUUAGAUAAUAUGUACCUAAUUUAUAUGCGAAUAUGUGCAGUGGUAUUCUUAUUGGACAACGUCCAGUAAGAACUCUAACAAUUGCGGCAAGAAAAACCCUGCUUGGAGCAAGUGUUUCUGUGGGCGUCCUGCGUUUUAAACUAAGAAAGGAUCUUGCAAUCGUACAAGAGCGAGUUGUUGACCAACGCUUGCUGAACUUACGCAGAUUCAUAAAUCUACCGCUAAAGGACAACGGAUAUCUAGUUUUCAGGCUUUGCAGUUUUUAACAAUUACGCCAAUUACACAAACGGGUCUAACAAUGCAGUACGUUAAUGCUAUCGAUAGUGUGACGAGACACUUCUUGACUAACUUUGAGUGCACAGGGAGCGCUCUCAAAAUUAGUAUUGCCGCUAUGCUGUCGAAGUAAAUGAUUACCUCUCUGAAAGAGGUUGCUUAACUUUGACGGAGGUCUCCUUACCGAAGACUCCCUCUCCAAUCUUCUAUCACUCACUACAACCUACUCCUCGCUAGUAACUUCGGCCCUCCCACAUACAUAUCUUUCGUUGCGGUGUGCGAGUAAAGAAAGAGCCACCAGGAAUGGACCUAACCGUAAUUAGCUUUGCAUUAUGUAGACUUCGACUAUUCAUUUAAAAUAAUCAGGUUUAAAGUUAAAUUAAGUUAUAAUCGGAUUUAUUACGUACACUAUUUACAAUAAAUAUAUUUUGUUUCGUGUACAUAUGUAUGUGUUCUUUUACAAUCAACUGGCUUUCCAUAUUUCUCCGUAUCACUGAUUUGAUUUGGCGCAAGUGCAUAUAAAUAGUCACAUAGAUGCGCUCAUGCAAAAAGGUGGAUAUGUACAUAAAUAUAUAUGUAUACGUAUUUACAAUAAUGCAGUUAUGUAAAUACUGUGUAUAAGUAUGUAAUUAGCGUUUACACCUUAGCUAGGCAUUAUCCAAUUUGUAGUAAACGUCUAGAAAUUAUCCAAAAAAAAAAAUUUUUUAUAGUUUACGAUCUAGGUGAUCGUCGCAGACACAAUCAACCCACUUGCUUUCAAAUUAAAGCUUCUUAAAGUCAAAACAAGCUGUAAAAUAGCAAAACUGGCAACUCUGUUGUUGGCGAUGAUUAUUCUCGCUUUGUCUAUCUCAUUAAUGUUGCUUUUGCCGUGCGAUAUUUUAUUUCUGCUUUUGAGUUCUGUGUACAAUUGCCUUCUCUUAUGAGUUACAUGAAACAUUGGUAUAAGUAGGCACCUGGUAUGAGCGGGCAAUCUCUCUCGAUCGGCGCAACACGAGCAUACGUUAUUUACGUAUGUACACAGAGAUCUGCAUAAAAACACGCUCAAAUGUGAUGUGGUGGUUCCUUCUUGUGGCUACAUAUACAUACAUAUACUGCCCGUCCUAUAUACAUAUGUAUGUAUUUGUUUGGCGCUUUUCGCUUUUUAUUUCAAUUCUCAAUUUGCUGUUUUGCUGAUUGCGGAGAUAUUUGCCAGCAUUGCGAGCGAGCGCCACCGCCAGCGCCACUGAAGGGGGCCUCGCAGUUUUUAGCUUUAAGUAUAUGAAUUUAGUCGUUACUUCACUUUCGUCGCGUAUGUGUUGAUCAAAGUGAAUUAUUUUAUGGUUGUCUCGAAUGCGCCUGCGCUCUGAAUUCGUGCGAAUAUACCUAUACAUACUUAUUCGCACAUAUUUCAUCUCCGGCUUGCUCCUCUUAAUUUUGAUCUGCUCAAAUUCGCUGGUCAAGCCUAUUCUUCAAAGCAAGGAAAAUCGCACAGUUAAAAAUUAAAACAUGAAAUAAAAUUAAAGUAAAAAAAAAAGUGUAUAUAUACAUAUAUAUGUAAGUGAUAAUUAGAGUGCUAAAUAUACAUAUAUGGUUUUUGAUUUCUUGUGAUCAGUUAGUUGUGGUUUCAAUACACAAAAAAAAAUUAUUAAUGCCUAAAAUGAAGGAAAUUGUGUUAAAUAGUGGCUCGUUCUUUCGACACUUGUGACAUCACUUGUUUAUUACUUUUUUUCCCAACAGUUUACUGUCGACAUAAUUGAAGCGUGUGUGACAAACAACAAUAAAGCAUCGAAAACCCUGCACGAAGGCAGAAAAAACGGGAAGACGACGGAAACGAUGUUUCGGAGAUAAAAUAAAGAGUAAUACUAAAAAAUUUACAAAGCAAAGCACGACGAAAGCAUAUGCAGUUUUAACUCGGCGUAGAAAAAGCGACAAGUAAUAAAAAAACGCACACAUACAAGCCGGCAUGCUUACACAUACAUGUAUAUAAUAAAAUUUAAAACGAGCAUAAUAGAAAAUAAUACGAAAAUUAAAAAAAAAGUAAAGUUUUUUGGCCGUUUGUUGUUCGUAUGUCAAUUUGAUGUAAUGUUAUCAGGGCUGUGUAACAGUGAAAUAAAAAGUGUUCACUUGGAAAUGAAAAUUGCAACACCGAAAUACUUGUAAUAAAAAGCUCACUAUCCUUAUGAAGUGCUUCGAUUGUGAAUAGUAUUAAAGUACACACAAAUUUUUGCGUUAAAAAAAAUCAAAAUAUUUUAUAAUUUGAAGCUCGUUGUAUCGAAAUUAUAUACUCAAGAAGUGAAAAUAAAAGUUGUAUAGUGUUUGAAAUUAAAAAAAAUUAAGUCAAAAUCGUUAAAUACAUAAAUCAGUGUUUUGGUAGAGUUUUGUGAGUAAUUAUUUUAAGAGAAAAUCGAAUAGCGCCGAAAUGUGUUAAAAAUUGAUAUACAAAUUGUUCCUAAUAGAAAAAUGUUCAACGACAACAACAAAACUAAAAGACAACAACAUGAGUCAACAUAUCCUCAGCUUGAGCUAACAGUACUGUGUAAAAAGGUAUUUAUUCCAACCACUCGUGAUAAUGAAGUUGACCUCAUUGUCUGUGCAAAAAAUGCUGAAAUCCAUUCAAAAAUCAAAGUGACGAAUACGAAGAUGCCAUUGAACGGAACUUGAUGUAACGCGAAGAGUGAAAACCAACCUCAAAAUUUAUAAAUUAACGAGAAUACAGACUAUUUCAGAACACUCUGAGUUUCCCAAGAAACAUUAAAGCACUGAAUUAAAAAAAGUAAAAAUACUAAUACACGGAAUUCCCCUAGAUUUUCAAGAGCCAAAAAGGGGAAAUCUAAGUCAAUGUCCAAAGUUAGUCCAAAAGUAAUUAGCCAAAAUGGAUGUUAAUUGUGAGCGAUUGAUUUUGAGUGCGGACAACGACCACAACCACAGUGGCAAUCGCGUCGAUAUGCCGAGGUUACGGCUUGACAACAAUGCGCUGCGUGCAGAACGCGGUCGACGUUGGUCGGCGGCGGCAGCAGCGGCGCAGCGUACACAAAACUCCACGGAUACGGGAGGGGGAGUGCAGAAGUGGCGUGCUGCUGGCGACAUGACGUUGGCAAUGAAGAUCGAAGCCAACUGUCGGAGCGUUUGUAUCAUCUGCCGUCAACGAGUGGAGGAGUGUUGCACACGUUGUUGCAGCAAUUACUCACCUACAAAAAUAGCAAAUUUUAAUGGCAACAUUGGGCGACAAGGAACGCCGCUCAAAAAUUCGCACAGCAGAUGUACAACGGUUAACUCACCAACAGCCACCAGUGCAACAACAUGCGAAGCUGAUACCGAUUGCAUCGAUCAGCAAUUACCAUUUUUGCAGGUUAACGCUUGCACAUGCAACGCCAUAAGCGCAGGCAGUUGUAGACAUCGCUUAAUGGAUGUGCCGCCUGCAACAACACUAACAACAAAGCUAGUUAACGAUAAUGGAAAUAUGCUAAAACCACUGGCCCGGCAACAAGUGCAGCGAUUCGCGCAAUUUGAGGAGUCAAGUGUGUCUGCGUUUGUGUGUUGCAACUGCCGACGGCAACAGCGACAUAGGUGCACCAAGAGUUGCUUUCACACCAGCGAUAUGUCACCUGCAUCAGCAACUGUGAUGAGUACACCUGUUAGGGUAGCUCAUUUGUUAAAGGAAACAACGAAAAUGCACCAAUGUUCAAGAACAUUACAUGCAACGCCAAUACGAAAUACAACAACAAAAACUUUAGAGUUGACAACAACUAAAGCUGCGAUCACUUCGGCACCAUCAUCAUUAGUUCAUAGCGCCUGUACAAAUUGCAUCGAGCAACAUCAAAGCCCGGUUGCUACAACAGCAACAACCACAAGUAUAAAUUCGACUGCGCUCUUCGAGAGAGCAUUGCGCUCAUUUCAGUUUUUAUUAUUGUGCAUACAAGUACAAUUUUUGCAUCCGGUUCACGAAAAAAUCCAUAGUUUUCUUUACAAAAACCAUAGUAAUAGCAAUAGCAGCAACAACAACAAAGAAUAUACGACAAAUAGUAAUAUUAGCAAUAGAAAUAAUAGAAACUGUAAUACGAAUACGAAAUCAAAUAAAAGACAUGAAAAUGAAAAAGCACAACUGCAAAUGCUGGCAUGGCAAGAGCAGCCGCAACAACAACAACGUCCUCCACUCUCAAGACUGAUGCAACAAAUUCGCUGUAAUUCCUACUACAAUAAUAAUAAUAGAAAUAAUUUUCUAAUGGAUAUAGUCAAUAGUAACAAUAAUUAUGCAAAUAUAUUUAAUACAUCACGAACAGAGCAACAACAAUACGCCAAUGCUAACGCCAACAAGAAUAGCUGUAAUAAUAGAUAUUUAAGUAACGAUAUACUUGUAUGCUCGCAACCGCAACAUCACAUUAACCACCGUACAGUACAACAUAAAUCACAGAUAUUACAACAACAUGUACAUCACUAUAACUUAAUAUUACCAUCGUCAACGUCAGUGCUAACGCCAACAACAGCAUCACAUCGACAGCACAGUCACCACAAAUCGAGCAAUAUCGCAACACUACAAUUGCAACUGCAACAUUUGCGUUACUUCAAAAUGCCAAAUCUAACAUAUUUGUAUAAGUUACUACUAAUUCUGUCGUUCCUAUCACUAUUUCUACCAUCGAUAAAUGCACAGACAACACACGUUAUUGCGACAUCUUCAGCUGCCGCAGCGUCUAGCCGCAAUGCUAUCCGCACAUCACCGGUGGCUUUGGGCCGCAAUGAGACUGUAUGCCGCUCCUUAGAUAUACGCAACUCUCCCAGCGAAUUGAGUCAGUUGCGCAAUUGCACGGUCAUAGAAGGUUUCCUACUCAUCACACUCAUGAAUCAGCACAACCCGCAGGAGUUCACACAGACCUUUCCAUUGCUAACAGAAGUCACGGAAUUCAUCAUCAUUUAUCGGGUUCACAAUCUACGAUCGCUGUCACAAAUCUUUCCAAAUUUAAGCAUCAUUCGAGGUACAACGCUGUUUGAAGGUUAUGCCCUCAUUGUCUACUACAAUCCACAUUUGGAGGAUUUGGGCCUUUCCAAACUAACAACCAUAUCACGUGGUGGCGUACGCCUUGAGAACAAUAUCGUACUUUGUUAUGUGAAGACAAUUGCUUGGAAGCGCAUUGUAAACAGUGACGCGGAAAUAACAAUCGAGAAUAAUAGCAAAUUAAUUGAGUGUCCCAAAUGUCCGGGAGACACAAAGGCUGGCAGAGAAGAUAGCGUCGAUACCGAAUUAACCUGCAAGGAAUUCGAUGGACAAAGGCGUUGUUGGAGCAAUAAGAAGUGCCAAAAGAUCUGCCCUGACCGCUGUAAAAAUAAUUGCGUAAACGAGAACACUUGCUGCAAUGAGAACUGUCUUGGAGGCUGUUCGCCCAACAACUUGGAUGAAUGUAUCAGUUGCCGUGAUUUCUCCAUCUACAACAACACCUGCAUAGAGAAAUGUCCUCCUAAUUAUUUUAGCUACUUGGAUCGUCGCUGCCUCACUGCCGAGGAAUGUAUUGGAAUCGGUACCAAAUUCGAAAAUAACAAACCACAAAUUAUUGUGCCUUAUGACGGCAAGUGUUCCACACGAUGCCCGAAUGGUUACAACAAAAUCGGCUCGACCUGCCAGGCAUGCGGCGACAACUGCGUGAACAAGUGUGAUGGUGCUCACAUCGAUAGUGUGGAGCGCGCGAAGGACUUUACUGGUUGCACGCAUAUUGUUAAAAACGGACUAACUAUAAGCAUUAAGCGUGGCGGAAAACACUUAAUGGAGGAGUUGGAAUCCGGUCUGUCGUCCAUUCAAGAAAUCAGCACAUUUCUAAAGGUACAAGGUACAUACGGUUUGACUUCAUUGUCGUUUUUCAAACACCUAAAGCGUAUUAAUGGUACUGAACUCAGUGAAAACAAAUUUGCAAUUUAUGCACUUGAGAAUAAUGAUCUUGAAACAGUUUGGGGCAAAAACCGUACCGUAGAUAUUGAAAGGGGUCGCGUCUUCUUUCAUUUCAACCCAAAGCUAUGUUACAAUGAGAUUGAGAAACUCCUUCGGACGAUGAAAGAAAACGCAACAUUCGAUAAAAAUGAAGUGGCCACGGAUUCCAACGGACAUAAGGGGUCAUGUAACACAGAAGAAUUGUAUGUUAACGUGACAAAGGUGUCGAGUCGUGUUGCGGUUGCGGAAAUCAAGAAUCCAUUGGUAUUUGAUGAUAACCGCACAUUCAUUGGUUAUCAAUAUUUUUUAAUGGAGGAUAAGUACAAAAAUGCCACCCAACAUUCCCAGCGCAUCUGCGACGACAGUUGGAUUGUGAGUGAUCCCACCAAAGAUAACCAAUAUAUCUUCGUAAAUCUGCAACCAUAUACUCAGUACGCAUAUUAUGUUAAAACUUGGACUAUAUCGUCGGAGAAACGUAACGCACUUAGUGAUAUACAUCAUUUUAAAACGAAAUCUGCGCAACCUAAAUUCGUACAAAGCCUAAACGCCUACGCAAUAUCGAGCUCUCAAAUCGCUAUUACAUGGACACCACCCGCGAAUCCGCAAGGCAAUCUAACAGUCUAUCGUGUACAUGCUACUCUCGACAAACGAAGUCAAGUCCUGGAUUCUCGUAACUACUGCAAGGAUCCCGCCCAAAUAGACAAAGACGAUGAUACAAAGGAUCCUACACGCGAUAGCCCUGGUGGCGUGACGGAACCACCAAACGCUGCCAAUUGCAAAUGUGAUGGUGAAAAAUCGCCAAGUCACAGUGACAUCGAUACCAGUGAGGCCACAAUUGUUGCUGGCAUCGAUUUCGAGAAUACACUACAGAAUUUCGUUUAUGUAAAGCACACAAACGAUAGCAAAAAGGCGAACCCUAAAAACGUCGAUCAAAACAAAAUUUCGCUCACGGAUAUAAAUGCCAAACAGCGACGCCGACGCAGUGAGGGCAAUCCUGAAGAUAGUUUUCUUGUACGCCACAUGCGUACUAUCCCCGAUAAUUUAGAAAAUAUUAUACUCAAGACGACAUAUGACGAUGGUAGCAAGGAGGAUGCGACCAUUAUAACUACGGUGGCACCAAUUGAGCGAACCACACUUGGCAAUAGAAAUGCAUCGAACAAUACUGACAUCCGUAUGGAUUCGACUGGUCAAUUUUAUGAGACUUUCGUGCAAAAUGUGUCGGCCACCACCAAUAAAUAUGAAUUUAAAAACCUCAAGCAUUUCUCUUUCUAUACGAUCGGUGUCGAAGCAUGUCGUGAGCCCGAAGAGGGUGCCACCGAGAAGGAAUGUAGUGAUAUACGCAUGAGGUUUGUGCGUACUAAAAAAAUGGAGGGUGUGGACAAAAUAGAGAAUUUGCGUGUAGCCUUAGUACAAACAAAUACAACGCGAAGUGAGGUUCGCUUAAAUUGGGAUCCACCAGCGAAUCCAAAUGGCGACGUAGUCUCUUAUACGAUUUCCUAUAAGAAAUCCGAGCAAGAUGCUGUGGAAGAGAAACGUUGCAUCACUGAAGUAAAUUAUCGCAAUUUGACAAAUGGCUACAUGAUGCCGUUACCGACCGGAAAUUACAGUAUUAGAGUGCGUGCAAAUUCAUUGGCUGGCGAUGGUGUUUAUUCAGAAAUUGUCUAUAUUGACAUUCCGCCUGAGAAAUGGUCUGGAGCUUUGAUUGCCGCUAUUUGUAUUGCAGUCAUUGGAAUUAUCUUGUUGAUGGGCGGUGUAUACUGGUACGUUCGACGAAAAUAUGCUCCUCCAAACGACAUCAAAAUCAUUCCCACCGUCAACCCAUACUAUAUUAGCCUGCAAUAUGUGCAGGACGGCUGGGAGGUAGAACGAGAUCGCGUUUUACAAUUAAGUCCACUGGGUCAAGGCUCCUUCGGUAUGGUAUACGAAGGUAUACUUAAAGGAUUAAACGGUACCGAGGAUACUCCAUGUGCCAUUAAGACGGUCAAUGAAAAUGCCACCGAUCGUGAACGGAUUAAUUUCUUGAGCGAAGCCAGUGUUAUGAAGCAGUUCGAUACAUAUCACGUUGUGCGGCUACUCGGCGUUUGUUCAGUCGGUCAACCUGCAUUAGUCGUAAUGGAGUUGAUGAAGUUCGGCGACUUAAAGUCAUACUUACGAGCGCACCGUCCCGAUAGCGUACAAGGUGAUGAAAUGCCCUUCAGGUACCGCGAAUCUGGCGUGCAACCACCACCAUUGAGUCGUGUCUUCCAGAUGGCUAUAGAAAUUGCUGAUGGGAUGGCUUAUCUAUCAGCCAAAAAGUUUGUACAUCGCGAUUUAGCAGCUCGUAACUGUAUGGUGGGUGCAGAUUUAACAGUUAAAAUAGGUGAUUUCGGCAUGACACGGGACGUUUAUGAAACUGAUUACUAUCGAAAAGGAGAUAAGGGCUUGUUACCAGUUCGUUGGAUGCCUCCAGAAAGUUUACGGGAUGGCAUCUAUUCCACUGCCAGUGAUGUUUUCAGUUAUGGUGUAGUACUUUGGGAGAUUGUCACACUCGCUUCACAGCCAUAUCCCGGUUAUUCUAAUGAUCAAGUAUUGCGCUUCGUCAUCGAGGGCGGAGUUAUGGAACGCCCUGAUAAUUGUUCAGACAAAAUUUAUGAAAUUAUGCAACAAUGUUGGGAACAUCGCCCCUCGAAACGACCAUCGUUCUUCAAAAUUAUACGCGUACUAUUGGAACAUGUGCACACAGACUCCGAAGGUUAUCUUUCACGCUUUCGUGAAGUUUCAUACUACUUCUCAAAUGAGGGUACGCAAGAACGUGAAAAAGAAAGAACCGAGAGUAUGCAUCCCUCUGGCGAUAUAUUCAGUGAGGAGAACGAAAUCGAUGACGCUACCACUCCGUUACGUACUGACGAAUUCAACGAAUAUAAACUUAAUUUGGCUAACACUUCCUCUGUAGAACAUGAAGGCGAAAGUCCAAUGGCCAUAGACGAUGACCAUCCUCACUCUCCAUAUAGCCACAGCCUAGGCUCAGCAAACAUUAUCAGCAGCACGCCCGACGCCCAGUCCAAAAAUAGCUACAAUUUCUCGCAAAUGUCGCACAACAAUCAAACUCUGCUUAGUUCGGUGCCAUCGACAUCGGCAGGUAUUGUCAGUGGUGGUUCUCACUCGCAUUCUCAUCAGUUACAUCAACCCGGUUCACAACUACGUCAAUCGCGCUAUAGCCAGUUUCCAACUGAAGAGACGACAGCCAAUUACGUACUUCCAGACUAUGAUCCUCGUACAGAAUUUAAUACUAAGAAUGGUCGACAAACUACCUUGAUUGGGGCUAGGAGUGAAAUUGACGAGCGCGGAUAUGAAAUGUAUGAUCCAAGUCCGAAUUAUCGCGAGCAUGCGCCUUACGACGCAGCUGUAGACGAGGACGAUUUUGAUGGUGUACCAACGACUGGUCAUAGUUCCAGAAUCGGAAGCGGCGGCCAACAACUAUUGCCACGAAAUAAACCGCGGCAUCGCAUGCCCACCAUAAUGCCAAUAUCUAGUUCAAUGCCAGAUGAAAUCACGGGCACACCUAUUUCUUCGUCCCUGCAUCCAUCUACUGCAUCGGCCGCUUCGUCAAAUGCCUCAUCAACCAAUACAACAACGGGGCGUUAUUCGGGUCUGAAAGCCGUGGCCGACAAAAUGCGCUUUAAAAACAUUAACCGGCGCAUCUUUAAUCACAAACGCACGGGUAGUAAUGCCAGCCAUAGGAGCACAAGUUCUAAUCCGAAUACCACAACUUCUUCGAGUAGCACUUCUAAUAUAGCAGCAGGAGCAAGCGUUGGUCGUGAAAAGAGUAUAAGCGGUCAGAAUUUGGGCACAAUUGAGAGUGGAGGCAGUGGGAGUGCUAGUAGCUACGUAACACCUCGCUUUUUCACACCUUCUUCCGACGUAAAUACGAGCAGCAAUCCCAACUACCGUUUGCUGGAUGAAACUGCAAACACAUCGUGUCUUUCAGGCGCAGGUGACAUGAGUGAUUUCUCAGCAAGUGCUAACAGGAAUUACAAACGCCUCGACGAAUCAUUAAACUCCACAUUAACACCUGAUAAGCCAGCCAGUAAAAAUACGGCACCAUCUACUAGCAUGACUAUUGAUAACUCCCCUUGUACUCUAAUAGGCGCAGCAAGGUCAGAUUCUGCACUACGCACCACUGAUAAUCCUAAUUACGUUGUAAUGAAUCAACCAGCAGCGCUUACCUUGCCGCCUUCAAAACUGACACAGACAACCAUUGCACAAAGUAGUGACGCUGCCGCUUAUACAAUGAUGGGACCUAAGCCACGUGAUCCAUGCACUAAUAGAUCAUCGACAUCAUCUCUUGGCGAUGAUCACAAAGUGGUAGACAAUGAUGAUGAUGAAGAUAAUGAAGAUGAAGACGAUGAGCCAACUGAACAUAUUAAAAUGGAACUGCUCGGUGGUCAUCGACGUGGCAGUGAUAAAGCGCAACAACAUCGCAAGUUGCGGGGUAAACGAAGCCGCAGCCAAAGUCAAAACAAAUUAGAUGAAAAACCAACACCAAAAAUAGGUAACUCCCCAGGAGCAACUCCUACCAGCUGCUUCUCAACUGCGGCUGAAGGUGGCAGUAGCUAUGUAAGUUUAACACCCAUAGCAACAACAGCGACUACACCUCCCCCAGCUAUGCAGUCUAAGCCCUCUACCACGUACUCACUUAAAGAGAAGUGGUUACGCCAGCAAUCCCAACAGCAGCAACAGCCUCCACCAAAUGGUUUCAUAGGACGUGAGACGUAAUAUCAGAAAGCGAAGGAAUAGCAUAGAAAGAAAAAGACAAGGAAGCGCACACUGCCAAAGUAAAACAAACGACGAAUCUUAAGAAACUUUAUUAUGUAGCACAAGUGGCGAAUAUAUUAGAUCCAAAAUAAAUAUCUAAAUUAUUGCAAAUUCUACCCGGUGGCAAUAAGUAUAUAAUUUGAUUGAUAUAUGUACAUACAAUGUAGAUGACGCAUCCUGAGUGCAAAUUUUUGUUUUUCCUACUGAUAGUUUUAAGACAAAAAAGUAAAUUAAAUAAAAUAAUUAAAAUAUACUAUUCUAUAUGUACAUGUGUAUGUAUAUAAAAACACAGAUAUAUACAUAUAUACUUCUAUGUAUAUAUCUAUGUAUAUAUAUAUAUAUAUAGGUAUAUUUAUAUACGAUAUGCCAAGCAUCAUUUAGUAUACUGUUUAAAUAAAAAACCAAAACUGUUGAGAUGUUCAACGCAGUCUAUUGUAUGAAUGAGAAAGGGGUGCUUAACACAGAGAAUUGUAAUGGAAUAUUAUAUAAUAGCGAGAUGCAAAUGCACUAGAUGAAAUGAAUAUGUAGAGAGCCAAAUGGUUAAAUUAUUGACGAAGCAACAACACAGUAAAAUGAAUGAAGGAUUGGAUACAAAUAAUUGUGCAAAUUAAAAAUUUAACUUAAAACACACCUUAUAAUUAAAAAAGGGAAAGAAGAUAAGAAAUGUGUUGGUGAGUUUUCCAAUGAAAUUAUGCAUUCAGUUAAAAUUAAUUGUUUGAAGUAUGAAAAAUAAAAGCACACAAAAAGGUGUUGAAGAAAAGAUACAAAGCGAGCUAAAUUAAAUAACUUUACUCCCUAAACUCUUUCUUGACAGUCGUGUAAUAACUGAAAUGUAUUGUCUUUAUUCACUUGAAUUUUGCAAUUUAGAAAAGAUUCGUACACUUUCGAAAUUUAGCUUACCAUAGCAAAUUAAUACGAUGAAAUGGCAUUUCCAGCAAAUAAGUUAUGCUUUCAGUUUUUGUAAAGUAUUUUCGAAAAUUUUGUUAAAUCCACGAUUUUAUAUUGUAAAAACUUGCAUCGAAUUUCUGUUAUUAGAAGAUUCCUAUUAGCGUUAAACUCGCCACAAAGUUGAGUUUGAUUACAGACAUCGCAUUAUAAAUGCAUUCUAAAAAAGAAGCGAGAGCUAUGACAAAGAAUUGCAUGCUAGUUUCAUAUUCAAUUCAUUUGAAUAAAACAAAUUUAAUUAUUUCUUUGAAGUUAUAUUUAGUCAAAAUUUAAAUUUUUACAAAUUAUUAUGCAUACCUAUAAAGUUUCACACUGUGGACUACGUGUAAUAGAAAUUAAUGUAAUGUACUUAUGAUGCUUUCGGCUUAAAAAUCACAAAAAACAAAUAUCAAAAUGAAAAAAAUUAAUUAAAUUAAAUUAUAUGUAAUACCAAAAUUAAGCAGAAGUAAUAAAAAAUAUAAAAAAAAAUUUAAUAAAUCAUAAAUAGCUAAAGUACUAAAGUAAAUGAAUAAAUACACAAAGAGUUGAAACUUUAAUAUGCAUUCAAAGUCUUAGCAAAUAAUUACGAGGAAAUUAUUUAAAAAUCAUAUUCUAAUUGAGAUAAUUAUGAAUAUAUGUGUUCAGCCAGGAAACAUUUAACACACAAACUUUUUUGUACUCAUACUAAUCAAUUAUUUAUAUAUAAAAAUUAAAAUUGCUUAUGAAAAUUUAUUUAAGACAAGAAGACAAAAUGUAUGCAAUUUCAUUACUGCUUAUAUACAAACGUUAAACAACAGUUAUUCGGCCUACAAUUAUGAAAAGAACAAUCACAAAAAACUAUUAACAACAUACAUGCAUACAUAUACUAUAUGUAUAUUGAAUUAGCAAUUUAUCGGUUAAACGUAGUUAAAACUUGAAAUAAUAACUUUAAAAACUGAUUUCCAAAUUAGAAAUAAUUUAAUUUUUCUUUAGAAAUUUUGAUUUUAUUUACUGAUUUAUGCACGAAUAGCGAUACAGGAUUCACACACCCACGAUAUAAAAAAUUUAUUAAUAAUAAAACAAACACAUAAAGUACAAAUUAAAUGUAAGCCCGACACGUAAUAUAAUAAGUGAAAUAAAUAACUGAGGAAUUUAUAUGAAAAUAAUUUCUCUUGGCAAAUCGUAAAUACUUAUCGAUUUCAAUAUAUUAGCAUAAUUAAUAGUAAUAGGGUUAAGAUAAAUAAUAAUAAGUGUUAAUUGAAAAUAUGUAUGUACAUAAGCAAAAGAAGACGUUAUAAUAAAUUAUGAACAAUAGUUUGUACAGUUGACCGUAAAAUUAAAAACAUUAACGGAAAAAAUAAGUAAAUUUCAUUUUGUUUCAAAAUAAACAUCCAGUAACUAAAUAAGAUUCAUAAAGUUAAGAAAUUAGAGUCGCAAAAAUCGUCAUUAAAUUAAAUGCAAAAGAAUUGGCGAUUGUGCAAAAGUUUUGAAUUUAUCUAUAUGCAGCUUUUGAAAGUAAUAAUAAAAAUAUAUUUUAUUUAAACAAAAGUUUUACAUUCGCUUUAGUACAUUGUUCCACAACUUUUUUUUACAGAAUCUGCUUAUAACAAACAAACUCAUUUCCUCAUUUCUUUUCUAAUAAAAUAGACUACAAAAUAAAUACACAUAUUCAUUAUACAAGUCAAAUAAUGAUCGUGCAAAACUCAUAGUUAAUGACGUGUAGUAUUUAUCAUAUUUUUAUCUUGGUUCGUAUUAGAUUAAAUGAUGUUAUUCGUAAUGAAUAUUUCGAAACAAAUUCAAUAAAGAUAGCGUUAUUACAUAUUUUGUUUAGAAGUUUUUCUACUCUAAAUCUUGAAUUCGCUUUUGUUGCAUUAAAUAGGUGUUUGCUAGGAUGUACACUCCAAAAAUAACGAAGAACGCUUACAGUUUUAAAUGGUACAUAUAUUUGAUCUUCUAAAUAAAUAAAAUUCAAAUUCAUUAUUCAAAUUAUAUUUUUAUCUCAAAAUAAAAUAAACAUUUAAAUGAAAAUUUAAUUAGAUUCCGUCUAAUUGUAGGACAAGAACUAAAUCAAAAUAGCAAUCUGCGAAAAUAUAAACGAAGAAUAAUUUUAUUCAACAUGUAUUUGUAUUUACAUUCGAUUUCUGAAAACCCACAAAGCACGUUUGGCCUCUUUUAUAUCAAAUUUUAAAUACAUGUAAACGUGUACAUACAUAUGUAUCUAUAUAGCAAAUGGCAUUGUAAUAUUGCACGCAAUAUUUGUAUUAUUUUUUAUACAUGUAUGUACAUGUAUAUAUAUACAACACUCUAUAAUACUAGUAUAUGUACCCACAAAUAAACUAUACGAAUUGCUAAUAUCUGACAAGGAUAUAAAAGAAUGCGAAUCGUGAAAAAAGUCGAUCGAAUUGAAUUUCUUACCAAAGUUGUUAUUCAACAAUGGUCUAAUUUUUUAGCGCGGUUACAUCAUAAAUAAUCUAGGCAGUUGAAAUUUUGUUAUAAGUGUUGGCUUUUGAGGAAUAAUGGUGCAAUCACUGUUUAUUUUGUAAUAUCAAGUUUCAAUAGCACUACAAAAUAUAUGUAUGCAGACGUAUAAGUAUACAACUGUACUACUAUAGCCCUGCAGUGAGUACAGUUCAACAAGUUUUUGAUUUGCUCUUGUAAAAUUAACUGUACCUAAAAAUUACUCAUUUAACUUCGGCACUCAAUUAACCCAUAAUUUUUGUUAUAACGAAGGAAACUAUGUUUGGAGAAGCUUAGUUUAAUCAUGCAUACUGAUAAUACCAUAAAAAAUGUGUAAAAAAUAAGCAAUAUAUAUAAUACUUUAAAUACUCGAAUAUAAAGCUUUUUAUAUUGAUCCCAAGCAUACGCCUAUACGCCAAGAAGUUUACAGGAUUAUUAUUUUAUUUUUUUAAUUAUUUAUACUAGCUGAACUCGCUUAUUUUUGAAGGAAUUCAGUAUAAAGUCUUUUUCAUGCUUUGAGGUGUGCACACCUGCUGAUGCAAUUUCCAAGUGUUCAUUUGUCGCCAAUUUACAAAGAAUAAAACUAAGAAGUAUAAACUACAACCCAUUAACAUGUAUGUACAUACAUACAUAUGUAUAUAUUAGUAUAUACAAUUAAGUAUACUAAAUAGACACAGGUUGCCCUUCAUAAAUGCAGUUACACACAUAUUAAAACUGUAAAAUAAUAUAUUUUAGAACUGUAAUGCUAAGAUAACUAGCUUAAUUUAAAUAAUGUAACAUUUACAAAAAUAUAAAAAAACUAAAGCAACAGUAAUAGAAACCGUAACAGUAACAAAAAAAAAUUCAAAAACCUAAAACACAAAACACAAACAGUAAAACGAUAGAUAUUUGAAAGAAAGCACCGAAAAGACUGAAAUAUAUACAUAGUUCCUUUGUUCUGAUUGUAAAAUGAGAAAAUUUAUUAUUCCAGCUUAGAAAGUGAUGACAGCAUAAAAUAAAGUAAAACCAAAGUGAAAAAUCAAUUAAAACACAUCUUUCACAAACUGAACAGCCAUUAUAAUAGACGAAAAUCAGCAAGAUGAUGAAUAGAUCUAAGUAUGGAACAGCUUAUGUACAUAUGUAUGUAUCGUAAAAAUGUGUAUGUAACGCUAACAAAUAUAAUUGUUUCGAAAAAUGUUAAGGCAUUUGUUAAAGCUUCAUUAUACUAUACCAACGUUUUGAUUAUUUACUGAAUUGAGAAUAUUUUUUUACAAGUUUAUUAUUUUAAGCAACCAAAUAUCACGGAAAUUGUUAAAGCUUGCAUUUUUAUAAGAAUUAGGCAAGUAGGUUUAGUAUAAAUAAUGUAUGUAUGCAAAGAAAUUAUCUGCAGAAAUUACUAAUUAUAAUCAAACGUGCAUGCAUACAUAUGUAUAUUUACCCAUACAUAUAUGUAUAUGUAUAUAUAUUAGUAGGUUGCUUAGAGAAAAAUGCUACAAAGCAUGUGCUAAAGAAAUCCAAAAGUUAGUAUAAUUUUUGAUAAGUAAAAGAAAUUAGCAUUAGAUUUUUUAUAUUUACAUAAUUACUAAUCAAAUGAAACGGAUAACAAACAUAAUAACAAACGUGCAUACAAUAUCCCCGCUUGGAAUAUACCGUCUUCUAAAGUAGCUUAAUUUAAGGAAUAUUAAUAUACACUAUUAAAUUGUAAUUAUCAAUAAAUUAUAUCUAAAUUAAAAAAUAAA